CUUUUUGGGUGGAGGGAGGCAUAAUUCUAUUUUCAGACAGAGAAACAUGGUUACUCAGGAAAACUUUUAUCCAAUGUUCUAAAUAAUUUUCUUGGCGUAUUAUUAUAUACACUUUUCAAAAUUUUCAUGGAUUAGAUGUUUUAACCGAUUCAUGGUUUUUUGUCAUCAAACAAGCCUACAACGUUUUGUAUAGGGUUGCAAUUUGAAGAUUGGAUCUUAUAGGGUGUUUUUUUUUGAAAAAUGGUUAGUAAUGGUUCCACAUUUAUUCCAUUAUGACUCGAACCAAUGACCCUGGAUAGAGAAAAAGUCUCUUACCAACAAAGCUGCGUUGUAUCAUCGAUUUUGCAUAUAAGGUUGAUUUGACAGUUUCGAUUUUGCUUCAAAAUUUUGAUCGUUUUUAUUGGUUAUUUCAAAUUCUCAACGGAUUUCACAUUUCCCAAUUUCCACGGUUUUUUCACAUUUUCCACUGAUGAUAGCUUAGAAUCAUAACAGGUUCAGAUGGCUAUAGUCCCAAAACCACAACCAUCUUACUAGUUCCGAGCUGAACCGGUGAUUCCGAUCUAACCAUGUAUAUGUAUAUCUGCACACACAAAAAUAAUAAUAGAUGUAUAAGUAAAUAAAAAAUAUCCAGUCAAAAUGAACAUAACUUGAUUCUUUUCUACCAUUUAUUCCAUGGACAAAAUGUCUUUAGGAAAGAUAGCAAUCAGCCCCCCUCCCCCCUACUAUGAGGCCAACAAAAUACACAAACAAAUAAAAUAAAAUGAUUUGCAAAGUUGGAAAGAUACUGUAUAAGAUUCUGUAGGUCUAUGGAAGGAAAUGGAAUGAUGCAGCAUUUUUUUAUUUUAAAAUGUAGUUUUGUCUCUUUUUGUUUCUUUCUGCAUUAGUACUACAUAUUUUAGCCACUAUUCAUUCAUCCACACCCCCCCCCCUUUUUCCCUCCUUCCCAUCUACACUCUUCACAUCCUUUCUCUUUCCCGGCUCAAUCGGGCCCAUUUCUACUCCAAACACUUCUACCACUACGAACAAGGCCAGACGAUGAAGAAGCGUGUGCUCCUCCUCGCCUUGCUCUGUGCAGCAAUUCUAGUCCAAGGGUCCAGAGUUCAAAAGGAACAUCGAAAAAACUGGAAAGAUUACAAUAUUCCAUCAGAAUUGAGAGAGGGAGGUUCUAGAAGGUUCUUAAUCGGCUCGGUGGCUCCGACUUGCACCUACAACGAGUGCAGAGGUUGUCGGUAUAAGUGUAGAGCGGAGCAAGUACCCGUUGAAGGCAAUGAUCCCAUGAAUAGUGCUUAUCACUACAAAUGUGUGUGCCACAGAUAGUUCUUUUGCCUUUUCCUUGACUCACUAUGUCCAAAUAUAGAGUCAGAGUUUCUACCUUGUGUUUUUUGAUACUACUAUAAAUAACUGUGGCUAUUACUAGGAGGAAAUAUAGAUCCCUUUUGUCUAGAGUGGUUGUGUUUGUGCCAUUUUUGUUUAUUAAGGUUUUGGAAUGUUGUUUAACCGGUUUUGUUGGUGGAGGAGCAGAUUAUUGAGUCUGGUUUAUGGUUUUUGAAUGUUGUUUAACCGACAA